ACACACCCUUCUUCCACUCAACUCUCACACUGCGUUGACUGGCGCUCAGGUCGGACACACCGGGAAUGGGAUCUUUGGCGAAGAAAAGCUUCCAAUUUUUCCGCGUUUAUGCCCUCCAGAGGCUCCUUUUUAUUUUGCGGGAAUAAUUUCGGGUAAGACAUUAUACUCAAAUGUGAUGGGGGGGGACAUGUGAUAAAAUGUAAAAAAGAAAAAGAAAAAAAGAAAAGAGAACGAAUGGGAUAAUAAGUGCAAUUGGGAUUAUGUAAAAGACUUUAAACAUCACCCCUGAUAUCAAACAUUGAAAAAAAAAUUUUUUCCACUUUUGUUUUCACCAAGAAUCAUUUGUAGACAUUAGGUAUAAAUAGUGAUUAGAAAGUAACACGCAGGUUUAAAGCGCAGAAAUAGAGAAAAGUUUCCUGAAAGUUGCUGUGGGUUUUUGUUUUAUGGAGACAGCCAUUGUGCAUGAAGCUGUUUAUCAUGGCCAAGUGGUUUAAAGAUUUCCCAACUUUGAAAACGGGCUCGGACAGGCUCCGAUCGGCGUCUGAAUCCGGAGCGCAGACGCGACCCAGAGUGGCGCUGAGCGGCGGAACUGGACCCAAACCGAGUCCGCGGAAGAACUCGGAGCACACAGGGGGGGUGGGUUCACUCCUGUCCGGCAGGAACCGAAAAAACUCUGCCGUCGAGUUGGGCCGAAACCAUUCGAGUCCCGGCUCGGGGAAGGAAACCAAGAUAUGGGAGAUUCUGAUACCUGGCAAAAGUAAGAAGAACGUGAAGAUGGAGGGCUUUGAGGACCACCGCACGCUGAGGACGAGCACCAUCGCCGACGCGUACAUGAGCCGCAUGAUCAAAGUGGACAAGCAGGACAAGUGGCAGGAGAAGAAAUACAACAGCGCGGCUUCAGAAGGCACCGGGAGCGACGUGGAGCGCGGAAAAACACCUGUUAAAACCGAGACGCUGAUUAUCUUGGAGGACUACGCUGACCCGUUUGAUGCUGAGAAAACAAAAGAGCAGAGAGAAGCUGAAAGAGAAGGAGAGAAUGAUGGAUACAUGGAGCCUUAUGAUGCCCAACUCAUUAUCACAGAGAUUCGUCGUCGUGGGUCCAAGGAUCUUCUGAAGGUGUGCGUGGUGUUGAACGGAGGAGAAGGAGAAGGCUCUGGAUCCACACAGAUCUAUGACGUGCCGUAUGAGGAAGUUCUGGAAGGCAUCCCCCUGACCCGGCCCGAGUCUGACCCCCGACCACCUGCAGAGUACGAGCUUCCCUGGGAGUGGAAGAAGGAGCAGAUUGUUCGAGUGCUUUCAGCUCAGUUUGAUGGUGUGGAGAGACCGUGUAAAGAGGACAUUGCCCCCAUCGGUGUUAAACAGCAGACUCUGCGCUCGGUGAAAAGCUGGACACCCAAAUCUCUGCGUCUGUCCCCUCCAUCCUCCCCGAAAGCCAACCCGGACUCUGAGAGCCAUAAAGUUGACCCCACCGUUCCCCUUGAGUUACAGAGCUGGUAUCAUGGCAGCGUCAGUCGUCAAGAGGCUGAGGCUCAGCUGCAGAACUGCAAGGAAGCCAGCUUUCUGGUGCGUGACAGCGAAUCAGCCACCAGCAAAUACUCUAUUGCUCUCAAGACCAGCCAGGGUUGUGUGCACAUUAUUGUAGCCCAGACCAAAGAGUGUGGUUACACACUGGACCAGAGCAGCUGUGUGUUUCCCAGCAUCCCUGAAGUGGUGCACCACUACUGCACCCAGCGUCUGCCCUUCACCGGAGCUGAGCACAUGACCCUCCAACACCCUGUACCCCGUACACACUGAUCAUCUCCUAACACAAACACACAUCUUUCUGCAGACACACGAUGGAAAACUAUACACUGCAGCUACUCCACCAUAAAUGACUCCACAUAAAUGUGCUCCAGCGGUCCUCUGCAUGGAAUCCAUUACCAUAAUCCCAACCUAAUACUCAUCUUUCCUCCCUGUAUGCAUGUGUCUGUUUUAAAUUAAAGAGAACGAGACUUCCAGUACUCUGUACUGUGUUCCCAAACCCUUAUAGUAAGUCCUCUACUAACUUUUAAUGAUCCAAAAAAAAUUUUUUCCCAUAUUGCUUAAAUUUAGACACCAUUAUAGUUUAGUUUCUAAUUUGUUUGGGAAUGUUUCCUCCACAUUCUUUUUAUCUCCUCUUUAUCCGGUGCCUUCUGGACCCUGCAACUGCGUUAUGGUUCUAAUCAUCUCUCUACUUAUAGUGUCUCUAUUCUAAUGACACUCCCGAGGCAGCAGAGGCACUAUGAAACUCAUUAGCUCCCCCCAAUGACUGCAACCACACACUGCAACAAAAUGGACUCCGUAAUUACGAUGACUACAGAAUUACCUGUUAAAAUACUUACCUUGAUGACUGUGCGUAUAUAAGAGCCAAAUCUUGUUUCUGUUGCUCAUUUGUCGAGUCAUUCUUUUAUUUGAUGUCUCGUUAUUAUAAGAAAUCCUCAAGAAUUGACAGCAGGACAAUCGUGUUGGCUAAUGUCAGCUGCUUGCUCAGUAAACUAGCUCAAGUGAUUGGCCCAUUUGCUUGUAUGCCCUUUUCUGCUGAUUGAGCAGUCAUGUUUGUGGUGUUAAGGUUUUGUUGCGUAUGCACUCAAGGUCGACUAGUGUCAGAGGAUGUGGCUGCUGCUGGGGAGUGCACCCCUCUAAUUGAUUUUACACAUUAAAUAUACUUUCGAUAUGAAAUUUUUUUCAAGCAUGUUAUGUUGAAAUUUUAAAAAGGGAACAUGCCCAUGACGUAAUGAUGCAAUUGCAAGUUUAGAAAAUUGUUACCUUUGUACAAUUUAAGAUCAUGCAAAGCCUUAAAUAAAGAUUGUGAUUGAAAAUA